GCGGUGGCAGCGGAGAUAGCACGGGCCGCCUCUUCAUGGGGCUUCUUCCAGCUGGUCAACCACGGCAGCGAUGUGGCGGUGCUGCAGCGCAUGACCAGGGCAAUGCACAGCUUCUUCGACCUGCCGCUUGAGACCAAACUGCAGGCCAAGAGGACUGAAGGCAAUGCAAUGGGCUAUGCGCAUGAUGAGCUGACCAAGCAGUCGCUGGACCUGAAGGAGGUGUUUGAUUGUGGCAGGGUGCCGCACCCCGAGCUGCCCGAUGACCACCCAGACAACCGAACCAUCGAGGGUCACAACCAGUGGCCGCCGGGGCAGCCCGAGUUUCGGGCUGCUGUGAUGGCAUACUUUGCUGAGGUGGAGCGCUGUUCUUUCCGCCUGCUGGAGGCGUUCUGUGAGGGGCUAGGCAUGGAGCAAACCGCGCUGCACCACCUGUUCCAGGGCCAGCACACCGGCUUCCUGCGGCUCAACUACUACCCAGAGCAGCACCCGCUGGCGCAGCAGGCCCAGCAGCAGCAGCGGGCAGGAGAUGAGGAGCUGCUCGGCGUGCACCACCACACAGCAGACGCGGGCUUCCUGACCGUCCUGGUGCAAGACGAUGUGCCGGGGCUGCAAGUACAGGCAGCAGACGGCAGGUGGCAGCUGGUGCAGCCCAUUCCUGGCGCGCUGACGAUAAACGUGGGAGAUCAGUGCCAGGUGCUGUCCAAUGAUCGCUUCAAGGCGCCUCUGCACCGAGUGCUGGCAUCGCGGGGGCGCCGCCGCUACUCCGCCCCCUUCUUCUUCAACCCGCGCCCCGAUGCAGACAUCGCGCCCCUGCCCCAGGCAUGUGUGGCCCACCACCCGCCCAUGUACCGCCCCAUCAACUGGGGAGACUUCCGCGCCAAGCGC